CAACGGGCCUCGCUUGGAUUCGAAAAUGGGAUCUGCAACUCACAGGACUUCACUAUCGCAACAGCUUUACCGUGUUAGUGUUCUACUUCAAUGUUAUGAGUUGGAUAAACUUUGAAUCAAUCUUGGGCUCAGCUUUGGUAGCCAAAACCAAACCAAUGGAGUUUACAUUUUGCAAGGUCCACCAAAGUAUGGCUCGAUUGGGCUGAGCACAGAACAUCAUGGGCCUUCUAAGAGUCAGCCCAAGUUAGAUCCAUGGAGUCCAAUGACCAAUUUAUGGAAGUGGGUCCAGCAAUCAGACGGAGACCGGGGCCCACACAAGUUUCCUUGACGAGGAAGAAGCAGAAUCAGUCGCUGAGGCUUCGCUCUGCCUUGCCAGCAGAGAACCAAAAAGCCGUAGCGUCGGUACACAGUAUUAGCAAGUAGAUAAGGCAAGCUCCAGCGGCGAAUUCCCCCGAAUCUCCCAUAUCUUCUUCCGCCCAAAUUUCUCUCCCACCAGAAAAAUCCCAUUAUAAUCGCGGAGAAUCGCGACGACCCCCAUGGACUCAAUUUCCCCCUUUCUCUUCUCCUCCUUCUGGGAUUCCGGCGAGCCUUCGGUGAGUAACUCAAAGCUGCUACCUUUCCCUCCUUUCUGUGGACGAUACUGUAAUCCGGUUCAUGGGUUUGUUUGUUUUAAUCUGGCAGAUUGACUUUUUUUGGGAAGUUUCUAAUACGGAGAUAAACGAUGAGUAAAGUUUGUUCGAUCGUUUUGUUUGUUUGUCUGUUGUUUAGUUGAUGAUGCUAUUUAUAUGUGGAUGUUCGAGGUUUUGAGAACUUGGGUUCUUCCUAUCUGAGCUGAAUUGAGUUUCUAAUUAUGGGUUUGUCGCGAAUUUGAACGUCGUUAUCUCUUGUUUGUUGGUUUCGCAGUGAACUGUCCUUUUGGAGGUAGUUUUCCAGGGAAGGUAGAUUCGAUUACCCAGGUGUUGAGAUAAUGGUAUCAUCUCACGGGAAUAGUACUCAUUCAGAAUCUGCCAAGACGGAGCAGAUCAUCACUGAGUUUUUUGCCAAGAGUCUCCACAUAAUACUCGAGUCUAGGUCUCCAUUUGUGUCCUCACGUAACUUCAGUGGGGAACAAGCUCUCUCGUCUCCUUCCUCGUCGUCUUCCUCGUCGUCGAGUGUGAGGCCGAGGGACAAAUGGUUCAACUUGGCCCUGGGAGAGUGCCCUUCCGCACUCGAGAAUCUCGAUCUCUGGCGCCAGAGCAAUUUCGAGCCAAUGGUGGUUGAUGUGAUCUUGGUGAAGAGAGGGCUUAGUAGGAAUCAGUCGUUGAAGGAGAAUAGUAAUCCUUACGGAUCUGAUCAGGAGGAGCUCUUGUGUGGGAGGGAGGAGAAGGUUAUUGAGAGGUGGAUAGUUCAGUAUGACACUAGAAGGCCAAGGGAAACGGGUUCCACUAGUCGCAGAUCAUCGAGCAAUCUACUCCAUACCCUCUAUAAGAAAUCGAUACUACUCUUGAGGUCUUUGUAUGCUACUGCUAGGCUUCUACCUGCUUACAAGAUCGUCCGGGACCUCAAUUGCUCCGGAAAUCUUCGGCCUUUCACUCUCACUCAUAGGCUAUCAUCUUUUGCUGAGCCCUUCACGCGUAAAGAGGAAGCUGAAAUGCAGCGAUUUAGUUUCACUCCGGUUGACACUUCUUCUGGAAGGCUUUGCCUUUCGGUUUUGUAUCAUUCAUCGGUAUCUGAUGCUAGUUCUGAGUCAUCUACUCCUAUGUCCCCUCAGUUCAUCCCAGAUUAUGUUGGAAGUCCAUUGGCUGACCCUCUGAAGAGGUUUACUUCUCUGCCCGUGUCUUCUCCAUCGUCUCUGCCAUUCUCCAGGAGGCAUAGCUGGAGUUAUGACCGGUAUAGGGCUUCACCGCCUGCUGCAUUCUCGCCUUCACCUACUCAUUCAGAACCACCAGCUGCCAAUGCCCUUCAGUUUGGACCCGUUAAUUUGCCUCCUCAGUAUCCAGACAGCUCUUUGAUCCACAAGACCAAUUACAGUUAUGAUGAGUACAAUCCUUCUCCGAACUUCACACCCUCGCCUUCUCCAUCCCCACCUGUCUACAUGCAUGGGAAUAAUCUUUCGAAUGCAGCUCUGUUACGGACCGAGAGUGCUCCUGUCUGCAUACCAAAACUCAAGCUCAAUAUUCAGCCAUCUCUUCCAAUAAUUGAUAACAACAGACCAUCACGUGGUUCUAAAUUAGAUACGAGUACAGGUUUGCCUCACACUGGUGUAUCGGUUGAAAAGUUGAUUGUGAAAGAUGACUCCAAGAAACAUUCCGGGACAAAGAUAUCUACCAUCAGUUCUUUGCAGUUUUCGUUUUCGAGAAGCUCUAGCAGGUCAUUUCAUGAUGACUUUGAUGAUUCAGAUUUUCCUUGUCAUUUUGAUGUGGAGGACGAUGAUCCGACCUGUCACGGUAGCAGGCCUGAAUCUUUUGAUCAGAAAGCUCAUCUUGGCGACCAGCUGGAUCCCCAAGGUGGAGGGAUCUUCCCCAUCAGAAAAUCACAAGAUGCUGCAGUAGGUGCCCUUGUCCGGAUGCUGAAGAAAGCUCCACCUCUACGCCAGGAACUCUCCUCUAGCAACGUCGAUUCAACUCACGUGUCCAGCACUCGAGCAGAACAGCCUCCCGAUACCUCGUCUUCUGUUCUGGUUGCAUCGAAGACGACGGCUGAUGCAUUGGAAGAGCUGCAGGGUUACAAACGAAUGAAGGACUACCUGCUUAGUCAAGGAGGCGGGAAAUGCAACGUUGCUGGUAUAUGUAAGUAGGGUUUCUUUCAGCGUCUGUUCUCUGAACAAGUUUUAUGUUCAGGAAGUUUGGGCCUCUGUACAGAACUGCAAACUCCUUAUGGGGGGUUCUUCAAGGAUUGGGAAUCUUUUUUUUUUUUUUUAUUUGCUCGAAGUAUAUAGCCCUAAAAUGAUCAUAUAUGUAAGCGCCCACAUUCCCCUUGUGUAUAGAGAGGCGUUUUAAGAUGAGUUCACAAGUCCAUUAUCUGCAAAUCAUUAGCUUCUUUCUGCUGUACAAAAGUGCAUAUCUCAUAUUGGAUUAGUUACUAAUGGUUGGUUCUAUUUUCUCCUAUCGGAUGUUGAACCGGAAAAAUUCGUAGUAUGUUUAUACUGAAAUUAUGAUUGUACCAUUUUGUAAUGUUAAAAGCCUCUUACCAGUAAGAGUUCUUUCGGGUCGGACUGUCGGUACGUUUCACAAAUAUUGAAACAUGAAUUUAUUUGAGAUGAAUCUAAUUCUAGUUAGUAGUGGGCCGCAGUCAUGGUGGUUCAACCAAGCCAAAUCGAAUUGCAUUUUUGGUUAUCACACUGUCAUCGGUGUGAUUAUGUGGAUAGAAAUGAAUGUUGAGCCAUGUUAUUUGCUCUUUCAAUGCGGUAGAAUAACACGAUUGUCCACCUCUAAUUCUGACGUACGGUGAUCUGACUUGUGUUGACAUUUACAUUUCUCAAACAUGCUCUUCUCGUUGUUCUAUACUCACACAAAACUAUUUACAAUUAUCUUCACGUUCAUACAGAUCAUCCAUCUUCAUAAUAAGAUUGCUGCAAUUUUUACUUAAAUUUCAAUUUCUUUAAAAUGAGAUUCCUAUGUAGUGACCUCUUGUUAAAUUAUGAUUAUGUGUUUUUGGGCUUGUUAGAAAAGUAAGAAAUCUGUCGCCAUUUUCACUUCUCACUAUCAUCAAUCAUCACAUAAGCUAUAGGCAAAACAAAACCAACAUUAUAAACUACUACCAUAUUCAUCAUUUUUUGAAGGUGACAUGACAUGGUCCUUGUGACUUGUGUUAUUUUCUUCUGACCUUAGUAUUUUUUUUCUUUUUGCAGAUAAUUAUUUUUAAGCUAUUUAAAGCUUAUUGGACAGAAACUCAAUAUGUCAUGUGUGAUUAGUGAUGUGAUUAAAACGUUUUAAGUUAACUAAUCCGCUGUCGUAUUGCUAAUAAUUUUUUUGUUGGGGGGGUCAAAGAAAAGCGGCGCUUUGUGGACUUACAUAGAUCAAAGUGACGAUUUAUGGUACUGAUUACGUAAAACCAGGUUUGACUUUUAUAUUUAGGGAAGAUUCUCUUUGGUUAAUUGGGUGAAUUCUGGUUUUGUAUCGAUAUGGAAGGUUCUGGUAACCAUAACAUUACUUUAAUCUAUUAGAAAGAUGACAUCUAAUAUAAUUUACUCUUUUCAAGUAAAACUCAAUUCAUCGGUUUGAUUUUUGUAUAGACUCACCAUACACUGUGUUUAAAUCAACGGUUGAUAUUGUAUUUGUCAGGAUUUAAAUAUCAGGCCUCUUGAUAGUCAGUAGCUUAGAUACCAUUUCUAUGCCUAGUUGAUCCCAAGAGAAAGAUAAAUAUGAAAGCUUAUACCAUUCGCUUACACUAUGCAAUAUACUAUAAUCUCCAUUAAUUGCCUUUCAACUUAUUAAUAUCCUUUUACGCGAUCCUCCUCGUUACGACCUUGGAAAUGUAAUGUCCAAAUUCUACCUAUUAAAACUAGUUGAGUUUCGAGACGACGAAAAUCUCAUAUUAGAAAUUCUUUCUUCGUUUAAAAUGGAUUUCAGAUUCUUGACAUCUUAAUGGAAGGAAGUGGUUAUGUAUUACAUACGGACCUCUCCCAACAAUUCAAGUUAUUGGAAUCAAUUUAUUUAUGACAU